CUUGUUGAUUUACAUUAUAUUUCUAGCAGAAUGAAGGAUCUUAUUCUAGUUGGAGGAUUUGGAACUCGAUUGAGACAGCUUACGUUCAGCAUGCCAAAACCCCUUGUUGAUUUUGGUAACAAGCCCAUGAUUUUGCAUCAGAUUGAAGCAGUAAAAGCUGCUGGUGUUACUGAAGUUGUAUUAGCUAUCAACCACCAACAACCAGAGGUCAUGUUGAAUUUUGUGAAAGAAUAUGAGAAGAAGCUUGAUAUGAAGAUCACCUUUUCUCAAGAAACCGAACCCCUCGGGACAGCAGGGCCUCUCGCUUUGGCUCGGGACAAGCUCAUCGACGAAUCAGGCAAACCCUUUUUCGUGCUCAACAGCGAUGUCAUCUGCGAAUAUCCACUCCUCGAGAUGAUCCAAUUCCACAAGAACCACGGCGCUGAAGCUUCCAUCAUGGUGACCAAAGUAGAUGAUCCUUCAAAGUACGGUGUGGUGGUUAUGGAGGAAGCUUCCGAAGCGAGAGUCGAAAGGUUCGUCCAGAAACCAAAACAUUUUGUCGGGGACAAGAUCAACGCUGGGAUAUACCUCUUGAACCCGUCUGUGCUCGACAGGAUCGAGCUCAGACGGACGCCGAUAGAGAAAGAGAUAUUCCCCAAGAUCGCUUCGGAGAAGAAGCUUUACGCCAUGGUGCUACCAGGUUUCUGGAUGGACAUUGGUCAGCCGAAAGAUUAUUUGACAGGGCAGAGAAUGUACCUCAACUAUCUGAGAAAGAAUGCGCCUGGGGAGCUUUUAGUGUCGUCGGGAGAUGACGUGAUCGGGAAUGUUAUGGCGGAUGAGACCGCUGUUAUAGGAGAACGAUGCUUGAUAGGACCUGACGUGGUGAUUGGUGCAGGAUGCGUGAUUGAACCUGGUGUGAGAUUGUUUGGUUGCACUGUGAUGAGAGGUGUGAGGAUCAAGGAGCAUGCUUGUGUGUCUGAUAGUAUCGUGGGGUGGGACUCGACCGUUGGAAGUUGAGCUCGUGUUGCUGACGUGACGGUUCUCGGCAAAGAUGUUCAGGUCGGGGAUGCAGAGGUUAUACAAAUGUCUGCGAAACCAGAGAUCAUACAGAAAGUGUGAUUCACUUUUUAUUUUCUUAGCUCUUGUAGUAUGAUUUUAUUUUAGGUUGAUCAACUUUCUCAUUCGGUUAACAUUCUUUUGAAUGCAUUCCCUUGGUCGAACAUCGAAUGACAAAAAUGAAUUUGAGUGCAACUUAUUUGUUA